AACGUGUGCUUGGUUUGAGGGAGAUCUGAUUCCUGAGGCGCAGCUUUAGAAGAAAGUGAAUAGAAAAUAAAGGAAAAUCAGAGUCCCAUUGACGUGAGAAAUUUCCAUUAUAGAGAGAGAGGGGGAUCAUUAAUAUGGUAAAUUAAAGAUCCAGAGAAGGGAAACAGAGAGUUGUUGAGAGAGAAGGAGAAGAUGGGAUGCUCAUUCUCAGGACUGAAUGCACUAUACGAUGCUGUAAAUGGGGGCGGAGAUGUCUGGAUCAAUGAGAACCGUUUCAGGAUCGUGAGGCCUCUCGGCGAAGGUGGCUUCGCUUAUGUUUUUCUGGUCAAAGAGGUGGUAACUGACUCAUCCUCUUCAGCUUCCAAAAAAUUCAAAGACCCUUCUCACGUCUCAGAUGAUGGCACUUAUGCAAUGAAGAAAGUUCUAAUUCAAAAUAGCGAGCAGUUGGAAUUGGUGAGGGAAGAGAUCCGUGUUUCCUCAUUGUUCAGUCAUCCCAAUCUUCUUCCACUUCUUGAUCAUGCGAUCAUUGCAGUUAAGACCCCACAAGAAGGUGCUUGGAAACAUGAAGCAUACUUGUUAUUUCCUGUUCAUUUGGAUGGAACAUUACUGGACAAUGCCAAUGUUAUGAAAGCCAAAAAGGAAUUCUUUUCGACCUCGGAUGUUCUUCAAAUAUUCCGGCAGCUUUGUGCAGGGCUCAAGCAUAUGCACAGUCUUGAGCCUCCAUAUGCACAUAACGAUGUCAAGCCUGGUAAUGUACUUUUAACACAUAGAAAGGGACAACCACCUCUUGCUGUAUUGAUGGAUUUUGGAAGUGCUCGUCCUGCAAGGAAGCAAAUUCGUUCUCGUUCAGAAGCAUUGCAGUUGCAGGAGUGGGCAUCUGAGCACUGUUCAGCACCUUUCCGAGCUCCUGAAUUGUGGGAUUGUCCAAGCCAUGCAGACAUUGAUGAACGAACUGAUAUUUGGUCGUUAGGGUGCACUCUGUAUGCAAUAAUGUAUGGAGUUUCUCCAUUUGAGUAUGCACUUGGGGAAUCUGGAGGAAGUCUACAGUUGGCCAUUGUAAAUGCACAAAUAAAGUGGCCAGCUGGUCCUAAGCCCCCAUAUCCAGAAGCUCUCCACCAGUUUGUGACAUGGAUGCUUCAGCCUCAGGCCACUGUCCGCCCUCGCAUUGAUGAUAUCAUUAUUCAUGUUGACAAGUUAAUCGCCAAGUUUUUGCAUUAAGAUGAAAAAAAUGUUGGACUUGAAUGCACAGUUGUACCAUCCAUAUUCCUGCAGAUUCCACCAUCAAUGUCUAUUACCACAUAUUUGAUAUCGACUUAAAUGAGAAUCUUGAAAAAGUGAUAGCAGUUUAUGUUAAAUGUUAGAGAGGGAGUCACUUUUUUUUUUUUUUUGUUCUUUCUGGUAGUAUUUUUGGCCAUUAUAUUGGAUUUGUACCACAGGUGUAUUUGCUCAUUUCAGCAAAUUGAAUUAUUAAAUUUCUGCGUUCAGUGUGAAAAUGUGGCAACAUAAACAAAUUACCAGUUUCUUGUUUUAAGGUUAUAUUUUUUGUGCUU